UCAGCUGAAGAUCUGAAAGUGAGUUCACUCGAGAGGAUCACCGUCACCGUGGACGGAGAUGAAGACACUGGAGGAGCCCCCUUACCUGACCGUUGGCACUGACGUGAGCGCCAAAUACAGAGGGGCGUUCUGUGAGGCCAAGAUCAAGACCGCCAAGAGGCUCGUCAAAGCAAAGGUUGGUGCUGUGGUGGAAGCCAGGAACCAAGAUGGGAUCUAUCAGGAGGCCACCAUCAACAAACUCACUGACGCUAGUUUGUACACCGUCGUGUUUAAUGACGGUGAUGAGAAGACCCUCAGGCGCUCGUCUCUCUGCCUGAAAGGAGCGCGACACUUCGCUGAGAGUGAGACGCUCGACAGGCUUCCUCUGACGAACCCCGAACACUUCGGCACUCCUGUCAUCGGCAAAAAAGGAAAGCGCAGAGGCCGACGCUCCAAUCCCAUUCAAGAAGAGGAGUCAUCUUCAUCGUCUAGUGAGGAAGAGGAGGGCGGUCAGCAACAAAACGAAGAGCUUUAUGGCAAAGUGGUGUGUGUGGAUGGAGUCGUCGCUAGUGACAAAAAGAAAACCACAUGGUAUCCUGCGCUGGUCAUCUCUCCAGACUGUCAUGAAGAUGUGACGAUGAAGAAAGACAACGUUUUUGUUCGCUCCUUCAAAGAUGGAAAAUUUUACACAGUUUUGCGGAAAGACAUUCGAGUGCUGGAUGAAGAGAAAGCUCCUAAAGCGGACGCAGGACUCAGACCAGCGUUAGAUGCAGCGUGGAAUUUCCAGCGUAACGGCACUGUGCCCAACACGUGGAGGACAGAGGUGAAGGAUGAAAGCUCCAGCAGUGAGGAAGAGGAUGAGGAGGACGAACAAGAGGAAGAGGCCAGCAGAGAGGAGGAAGAGGAGGAAGUAGAGCCGUUCCCAGAAGAGAAGGACAACUUCCUGCAGCAGCUUUACAAAUUUAUGGAGGAUAGAGGAACUCCUAUCAAUAAGCGACCGGUGCUGGGCUACAAGAAUCUCAAUCUUUUUAAACUCUACAGGCUGGUGCAUAAGCUCGGAGGAUUUGAGAACAUCGAGAGCGGAUCUGCCUGGAAGCAGGUGUAUCAGGAUCUGGGCAUCCCCGUGCUCAACUCCGCAGCCGGUUACAACGUCAAAUGUGCCUACAGAAAGUAUCUGUAUGGCUUUGAGGACUUCUGCGCCUCCACGGCAAUCACCUUCCGCAUGGAUCUGCCGUAUAAGACGGCCGAGAAGACGAGCUCAAAGAGCGAGGUGAACGCGGAGGAAACGGCCAGCACUUUAAGCACAUCCAGCGCAGGAGAAGAACAGAAAGCCCUUAAAGAACCAGAGACCUCCAGCACGCAGCAUGUGGUCAAGGAGGAGAAUGCAGAAUCCACAGCACCGUGUGAAGAUAAAGCGGACAUCAGCAGUGUAAAUGAGGAGGAAGAUAACCACGCUGAUGAAGAGGAGAACGAUACGAAAGAGGAGGCCGAAGAGUGCAUCCCGACAGCGCAGAGUCCCAUCACUGAGAGUGUGAAGGAGGAACCGUGUGAGGAACCCGAUAACAAAGAUCUGUCAGGGGAUGUCAGCAGUCAGGAGUGGGAGGAAGGGGAGGAGUUUGAGUGUUACCCUCCUGGGAUGAAGGUGCAGGUGAGGUAUGGGCGAGGCCGCAAUCAGAAGACGUACGAAGCCACUGUGAAAGAGUCAGACCUGGAGGGGGGAGAGGUGCGCUACCUGGUGCACUACUGUGGCUGGAACAUCAGGUAUGACGAGUGGAUCAAAGCCGAUAAGAUUGCCAGACCAGCCAAUAAGAACGUCCCUAAAAUAAAGCACCGCAAAAAAAUAAAGAAUAAAGCAGAACAAGAAAGAGACCGAAUAGAGAGACUGACAGACAGAGAGGAUCUUCCUUCACCCAAAAAUCGCAUCAACCGAUUGUCCAAACCAAACUCCGGCAGUGAUGCUUUCUCCACGAAGGAGGAGUAUGGCGAUGAAGGAAGCCAGCAGACGCCUCUCAAGCCCAUUGAGAUCACAUCCAUUCUCAACGGCCUCCCAGGCUCUGAAAGCUCCACAGACGACAGUGAGCGAGAAGACGACGGUGACGCUGAUCACGACGAAGAGGAUCAUCCAGGAGCACGAGCGAGCCUUCGGAAAGCAGGUCUUCCAGAGCGCCCGCUUACGCCACAGCACUGGGAGAGCGGAAGCCCGUCUGAAGCCUUCAAAGCUCCCGCGGUCGCAGACGAGGAGCCGAGUGUCCAGGACAGCCCCCAAACAGGCAAGAGAAAGGGCCAAUUUGAGGUGGAGCUCGAAGGUUCUGGCGGCAGAAGAAAAAAGGCACAAGGUCAAGGCGAACGCGCUUUGAAAAGCCCAGUGAAAGGCAAAACUAGAAGCAGCAGAGGAGGUGAUUGGCUGCCAAGUAGUUCGCCCAAAAAGUUAGAAGAACGAGGCCCGGUGGAGGAUAGAGGCGCUCAAUCGUAUAGCAGCUCUGAAGACGAAGCAGAUCCUCCAACAGAACCACAAACCAAGGAAGAACCAAGAGGAAAUCCCAAAACCAAGGGCUCGCCUCCAAAGAAAUACAACGGAGUGAAGGAGAAGAAUAAAAGCGGGCGUUCGGGAUUCUGGGAGAUCCCGGAGAAAAGAGCCAAAAUAUCCACAGGGAUUGAAGAAAGGUCGCCUGGCUGUCGUACCAAAGGCCAGAAGGACGUGUGGUCCAGUAUCCAAGUUCAGUGGCCCAAGAAGACCCUAAAGGAGCUGUUUUCGGACUCUGAUACCGAGGCAGCCAACUCGCCUCCGCCCACCGUAACGGCUCCGGACGAGCCCUGCAUCGAACCCUCCCGGGACGAGGAGAUCGCCGAGGACAAGCUGCAGGAGCAUCCGAGCAGCGGCACCAAUUCGGUCCUCAACACUCCUCCGACUACGCCGGAGUCGCCCGCCGAGGUCCGAGCGCCGUCGCCACCUGCCAGUCCUCCAGCCGUCUCUUCACCGACAGGAGCGCUGAUGGAGGAGCAGGCGGGGGGGCGCAGCGAGUCCGACAGCAGCACGAUGGAGGUGGAGAGCUUGGGUGGAGAAAUCCAGGAGAUUCCUCAAGAAGAGGGGGCAGGUUCCCCUUCCAAGGCCUUCGAUGGAAACCUGUCGUGCAACAGUAACAGUAACUGUAGCCUCACGCUAAGCAACUGCAGCCAGCAGGAGAGCGAGCAGAAAAAUAAAGGUACGUACCGUCGUCUACAUCAGUGGUUUCAAACGUUUUAUGCCAAGUACCACCUCAGAAAAUAUUUGGCUCUCCAACGUGUUUAUCUCUCCUCUCCUCUGGGUGGCGCUGCAGCCCACAGCAGUGACAGUGAGGACCAGUGUAUGAGCGAGAGCACUGCCAAAUCCCCCACAACCAAGAGCAGCAGCGAGCUGAAGAGGACGCCCCCCUCAGGCCACAAGUACCACAAACACGGCGAUCCGGAUCACUCCCACGGCCGGAGCAAGUGGAGCUUCCAGAUGACGGACCUGGAAAAGAUGAGCAGUCUAGAGCGGAUAGCGUUCCUUCAGGAGAAACUGCAGGACAUCAGGAAUCACUACCUCCUGCUCAAAUCUGAGGUGGCCUCCAUCGACAGAAGACGCAAGCGCAUGAAGAAGAAAGAGAGAGAGACAGGCGCAGCGGCGGCCUCGUCCUCGUCUUCAUCCUCGCCGUCCUCCAGCUCUCUGACAGCGGCUGUCAUGCUGACGCUGGCCGAGCCCACAGUGUCCGGUGCACCGCAGACCUCGGGGCUGUCUGUGGAGUGCAGGUGACAGCAGCGGGACGCCGGCGGCGAGCAGCACAGAGCACUUAACCAGCACCCGGCCCGCCUCGACACUGACGGACACAGCGACGGGACGAAACCAGAGCCACCAGACAGCAACAAGCACUAUUUUAUAUCAACAACUGUUUCCUCGGCAAGCUAAUUGCACUCAAGUGCACUUUCUUUCUGAGAGUUGUGGGUGGGUCGGGUUUGACAACAGGACUAUUUCUGUUUGUUCGUCCGUUCGUUUUACAAACCAAUCCCAUUCAUUUUUGACCAUUAUGAAUAUUUGAUUCGGUCUUUGAAUAUGAAUUCAUCCACAGUGACUGAACACUGUAAUUCACCCUCAGAUGCACCGGUCCCGGGCCGGAGCCGUUAAAGAGGCGGCGGAGUUUAGAAACAUGGGAAUUCACUGACGGUCAGUCGACGCUGCAGUGCCUUACGGUUUGGGCACUCGUGAGGAAUGCUGGGAAAUGCUCAGUGCUGGCUAACCUGUAAUCCAGGGGUAGAUGUGUGUUUCAUAACAGAGCCCAAACUCACAUGAAACAGAAUAUCUGCUUUUCUUUUUAAUCAUAACAGGAAUCAAGAGUCUGUCCAGGUCAUAUUUCACCCUAA